AUGCCGCGUACGAGAAUAGAGGCAUUGCUGGCCUCGUUCCCAAAGCUGGCGGAUUCAGGCACGCAGCAUACUAUCGUCGAGCAGGAUAGUGUCCGAUUUGUCUAUCAGCCCCUCGACGAGCUGUAUAUCGUCCUCAUCACAAAUCGGCAAUCCAACAUUCUUCAGGAUAUCGACAGUCUACACAUAUUUGCCCAGGUUGUGUCUAGCAUCUGUAAGAGUUUGGAUGAGCGGGAGAUAAUCCGCAGUGCGUUUGAGCUCCUGAGUGCGUUUGACGAAAUUGUUACUUUGGGAUACCGAGAGAACCUGUCUUUGUCACAAAUCAAGACUUUCCUUGAGAUGGAGAGUCAUGAGGAACGAGUCCAGGAGAUAAUUGAUAGGAACAAAGAAUUGGAGGCAACAGAGGAACGAAAGCGCAAGGCGAAGCAACUCGAAAUGCAACGCAAAGAAGCUGCCCGAAGCGGGAGAGCUAUGGCUCCUCGAACUCCCUCCUACCCUACAUACACCCCACCCGUCCGAUCGAGCGUGCCAGAUGCAAUGGACUCAUAUGAAGCGGAGAAAAAGAAAACAUUUUCUAAACCGCUUGUCACGAGAGGCAAGGGAAUGCAACUGGGGAAGAAGUCCAAGACCACCGAUAUCUACGAGAAAGUGCGAGGUGAACUUGGGCCUGAAGCUGAGGAUUCGCCCCUCAUCACACCAAGUGCAGCAGCUGCUGCUGCGACAGAAGCUCCGUCGACAAGAGCAUCGUUAUCCGCAGAGCGUGAUCCAAUCCACAUAACCGUUGCUGAGAGCAUGUCUGCCAAGCUAUCCCGAGAUGGCGCACUGAAAUCAUUUGAGGUCAAGGGCGACCUCCAACUACGCAUUUCCGACCCUUCUUUCACCAAAGCCAAGCUUGACUUGACUGCAAAUGCAACGCACGGCGCCCAGUACCGGACCCACCCAAAUGUCGACAAGGCACUCUUCUCAAGCCAAAAGGUUAUUCAGCUGAAAGACACGUCCAAGAGAUUCCCAGCAAACAACGCAAUUGGUGUGCUUCGAUGGCGUAUUGCAAGCAGCGGAGAGACAGACCUACUACCAAUCACUUUCACCGUAUGGGUUAAUAAAGGUUCUGAUUCCACCACAGUUACAGUGGAGUAUGAGCUUACUGGCUCAGAUAACCUGCAAGAUGUUGCCGUCACCAUUCCGUUCCAAACAGUAGAACCUACCAUCACCAGCUUCGACUCCAACUACGAGGUCACAGGUGACACUUUAGACUGGAACAUUGGACACGUCGAUUCUUCUAAUUCCUCUGGCAGCUUUGAGUUCGAAUCCUCCGAUGCUGACAGUGAUGAGAAUGAGUUCUUCCCUAUGAGUGUUCGGUUUACCAAGUCGACACCAUUUGCGGAUGUAGACGUUCUUUCUGUUUCGUUAUUAGAUAUGGAGGGCGAAGCAGUGGGCUUCACUCAGGAUGUUAAAUGCGUUGCUGACGGUUAUACCAUUGAGUGA